GUAGAAGAACUCCUACGUAGGAAGGCUGUUAAGGAGGUUGCUGACAAGGAAUUUCAGGAGUUUGUAGAGUUGCUAAAAUCUGCAAAGGCAACGCCUCUAGAUGCUAAACCGCCUAAAUCUUCUUGGAAGGUUGAAGAGAAAAGUUGGCUCAAAAUUGAGUCUAUUGAAGCUUAUGCCGUUGAUGCUUGCAGGAAUGAUGACCAAAAGAAAACAGCGGGAGUGUUUCACACCCCAUUAAUGGGGACUAAACUUUGUGUUUUAUAUCGAGAAAUCUGUGUAGCAUCUAAAGUUUUUCCUCAGAUUCUGAAGGCCAUGGGACUGCCAAAAACAGCAUCUUCUGCAGUAAAUCUUCUCAUAGAUAUUGGAUAUUUCCCAGUACACGUCAACCUUGAUCUGUUGAAGUUCAACAUUCGUACUGAUUAUCCAGACGAGAUUUUAUCGGCUGCUGAACAUCUUGUGUCAGAGUCAUCAGACCCAGAUGAGGCAAGCCCGUUUCCCUAG